AAUACAGUAGAAGCCGGCCUGCUCCCCGGGCUUCCCCUUCUCUAUGUAGCUGUUCCCUCCGGUCUUUGCACGUUGCAUGGUUCUAGAAACAUUGGACAAUAGACAUUAGGAGAUGCAGGUAUGUUCAGAUGAGGAAGAACUUGGAUUGGAGCCUAGACUUCAAGAUACCCCAGAAGACAUUUUUUUUGAGGCAGCAGCAAAUACCAUUGACUUUCACCCCUCCCAGGACAUCAUAGCUGCUGGAGAUGUUGAUGGUGAUGUCUAUGUAUAUUCAUUCUCUUGUUUGGAAGGUGGAAACAAAGAACUUUGGUCCUCAGGUCAUCAUUUAAAAUCCUGCCGGAAAAUAUCCUUUUCACAAGAUGGACAAAAGCUUUUCACAGUUUCCAAGGAUAAAUCCAUUCAUAUCCUGAGUGUGGAGGAAGGCCGUCUUGUGACACGAUUCUCCAAGGCUCACAACUCAGCUUUGAACAGUCUGUUGGUGAUAGAUGAGCAUUUAUUUGCCACAGGAGAUGACAGUGGAGUGUUGAAAGUAUGGGACCUGCGCAAGGGCACAUCCAUUAUGGAAAUGAAGCAGCAUGAAGACUACAUCAGUGAUAUGAUCGUAGAUAGAAACAAGAAGCUGCUUCUCACCACCAGUGGAGAUGGAACAAUGGGAGUCUUCAACAUUAGGAGAAGGCGCUUUGAGCUUCUCUCAGAACCUCAGAAUGGAGACCUAAUGGCUAUUUCUCUGAUGAAAAGGGGAAGAAAAGUAGCCUGUGGCUCCAGCGAAGGAACAAUCUACCUCUUCAACUGGGAUGGUUUUGGUGCCACCAGUGACCGUUUCGCACUGAAGGCAGAAUCCAUAGACUGCAUGGUCCCCAUAACCGAGAGUGUUGUGUGCACAGGUUCCACUGAUGGAAUCAUCAGGGCAGUAAAUAUCUUGCCCAAUCGAGUGAUAGGAAGUGUUGGGCAGCAUAUGGGUGAACCCAUUGAACAGCUGGCCAAGUGUCAUACGGGCCAAUUCCUGGCCAGCUGUGGCCAUGACCAAAAAGUGAAAUUCUGGGACAUCUCUUCACUUAGUUCAGUGAUUGUGGACGAUUAUAGAAAGAAGAAGAAAAAUAGGCAACUGAAGCCUUUAAGUCGCAAAGCAUUUGGCAACGGGGAAGACUUCUUCGCGGACUUGAAAGAGGGGGCAGCAGACCACCUGGAGAAAGAGGAGAACAGUGGACUAUCUGAGAAUGACAGUGACUGAAAGAUGCAUAUUGAUCUGAUUAGAGCUUGCUCCCCAAAAAGGACAUUUAUAAUCAGAUGGCUUGAAGUUGCCAUAUUUUGGAGAAAUUCAACUGUGCUGUGUUCUUCAUACUGAAGAAUAAGUAUCAGGAUAUUUAAACUUGUGCUCUUGUAGGCAAAGCCUUGGUAGUAAAAUAAAAUCAGUGGUACAGAAUUGA